AGCUGGGCGCCGACUCUCCCAGUCGCCCUGCGACUUCACCUGCGGGUCUGUAUCAGCAGCGGGACUAUCCAAGGAGCCGCACGUGGACCGCACCAUGGCCCACCUCACUACCCUCCUCUGCAAGGCCUAUCAUGGGGGCCAUUUAACCAUCCGCCUUGCUCUGAGUGGCUGCACCAAUCGGCCCUUUUACUGUGUUGUGGCUGCUCACAACAAAUGUCCCAGGGAUGGCCGUUUGGUGGAGCAGGUGGGCUCUUAUGAUCCACUGCCCAACUGUCAUGGAGAAAAACUCGUUGCCCUCAACCUGGAAAGGAUCCGGCAUUGGAUUGGCUGUGGAGCCCACCUCUCUAAGCCUAUGGAGAAGCUUCUGGGUCUUUCUGGCUUUCUCCCUCUGCAUCCCAUGGUGAUCACAAAUGCUGAGAGACUGCGAAGAAAAUGGGCACAUGAACUUCUCUUAGCUUCACAGAAAACAGAUACAGAGGCUAUAGAAACAGAAGCGAGUUGCCUUCAAUGAAUAUAACAGUGGUUACAAAGUCAAGGUCCCCUAAAACACUGUGUGGAGCUCAUAAAUUUGUUGGGUUUGGAGGUCAAUAAAUGGAGUUUUCUAAGUUACCAUAUUCUUCUGGCCUAGCUUAAGCAGAGCCCAGAGAUUUGUUUUUGUAUAAGAGCUGGGUCUAGAUACUAAGCAUUUGGGGAUAUCAUUUUGGGGAAAAACUGUGGCUGUGGGGAAGAUUGGACUUUGGGUUGUCCUUGGAUCAUUUGGGCAAAUUUACAAUUAAAGUUCAAAACUUUCCUGCUUCAAAAACUCCCAACCAGAGUGACUUGACCUAUCCAAAUGUUUCCUUAAUCAUUCUUGAUCAUCCCACAAGAACAUAGAUCUCUUAUUCUUUUUUUGUAAUUGUAGAUUGUUUUGCUUGACAUGUAAUUGUAACUUUACAAAGACAAAUUGAUCAUGAAAAUUGCUUUGGGGCUGUAAUAGCCUACCUUUUAAGGAUGAGAAAUUAGAAGGAAGCUAAUUUUGUAAAGCACCCCAAUGUACGUACCUGGAAAGUCCUGUUCAACAUAUGUUGUAUGUAUAGGGGAAAAAAUAAAUAAAGA